AUGCGUGAUCGAGGCAUUCCAUUACCUGCAGGAGCCAUCCUAAUCUCUCCAUGGGUGGAUUUGACCCAUUCAUUUCCCAGUGUGGCUGAAGAUAAUCCUCUAGAUUAUAUUCCACCUCAUGGCUUUCAUCAAAAGCCAUCUCCUUCAUGGCCACCGCCGAAUUCUGAUGACCUUUUGGCAAUUGAGGAGGGUAUCGUGAAGAAUCUGGCUAAGAAAGAUCCUAAUAGCAAUCACAACCCUCAGAUUGAGGCAGAUGCGGUCCAAGGAUUUCACGUGGAUGAGAAUCCACCUCCCGGAACACAAAACAACACAGCGGCUGCAGGCACAAAUAGUGAUGUUCCAACAGCGAAUACUGUCCCAGGAAUAGGCCACAAUCUUUCGAUCAUGCUUGAUGGAAAAUUAGUCGAGAUCAAAGACCAGAUUCAGAUGUAUGCUUCGAACCAGCUAAUCUCUCACCCCUUGGUAUCGCCAGUCCUACAGCCGUCUUUAGGCGGCCUUCCUCCGCUACUCAUAUUGACAGGAGGCGGCGAAAUGCUCAGAGACGAGCAAAUAUAUCUAGCUCAUAAAGCCGCAAAUCCAACAAAGUACCCACCAGGAGAUGCUUACCUUGAUCAAAGCCCUCACGAUCACAACAGAAACCAGGUCAAUCGUUGGAAGCCAACUGAUGUCCAGCUCCAACUCUGGGACGAUCUGUGCCAUGUGGCGCCUACACUCAGUUUCACUCGACCUGCAAAGUAUAUGUACAGGUCGAUUGCGCAGUUCGGUGCUUGGACACUUGCCAGAGCACAGAAGACCGAGAUUGAGAUUCUGGAUGACGAUGAUGUCUCGAUCAUUUCUCAAUCCGAUACCGACUCCGAAGAAGAUGCUGCUGAACAGAAAAAAGCUGCAGCUGUGGACCCAAGGCAGUCAGCUGGUCAAGUUGGUAAGGCUGGAGACCCUCUUCCUUCAUUCAAGAACCACAUGAUUCGGCAGCGCGUUGAUCGUCAUGGCAACAUAUUCAAUUUGGAGCCACCUUCUGAGCUGCCUGGAUGUAAUGUUCCAUCUAGUGAGGUUGGCGUCAUCAAGGAAGGCCCAGUCAAAAAGUGGAUGAAUGCAAAGAAGGAAUGGGACACGAAGUUCUCAUCUGCUAAGCGGAAGGUGCAGAAACAGCGAGCGAAGGAAAUGGCAAAAGGUUAUUCUCAAUUCGAGAAUGGGGAAGUUCCACCACCUUCUGCUUUGGCCGGUAGACGGAAGACAGGAGAAGACCUGAAAGAGGAGAGGAAGAAGAAGAGCAUGGGAAUGAGUCUGUGGGCUCUAUGGGGAAGCAAGCACGACGAGAAGACCAUGGUUCGAGAGGAGGAAGCGGACAAAGCGCCGGAGACACACACGGCUUCAGCUGGAGAUGGAGCUGGUGCAAGAGCAUUGGAUGACACGAAGACGAAGCAGGGUCACCAGAUGGAUAAGGGUCAGAAGCCAACCUACAGCCGGAGCAGAUCUCGCCGAAGAACCGUGACAGAUGAGCAUCAAACGGACAACGCUAGCGAUGUGGAUGAGAAUACUCCAGCAUUUAAUCUGCUCGCAGCUCGGAAACAGCAAGGCGGAGCGGUACCUCGUGAUGAGCAUCUAACUCCAACCUUUGCUGCCACAGAGCCACCUUCUACUGAAGCCUCGUCCUCGAACAACACUCCUGCCAUUUUCAUCAAUCAACCUCCCAAUGAAGAAUAUGACCUUAAGAGACCAAAAGCACAAGGGAUCGCGUUCCCAUUCUCCUUAAAAGGACACCAGACAAGCGCAAGUAUGACAACACUCACCAGUGUCAUUGGCGUACCACCAGCAAGCGAUGUCCGAAAUUCUGGGACGUUCAGCAGUGGUGUGCCACAAAAUAAAGCAGACGUCGAGGCUGCGACCUCAACGGGGAUGAGCACCGAAGAGGCGAAAGCUGGUAGAGAGAUCGAGCAGGCCUCUGAAGUGGCCAAGGAGGGUAACGGGGAUGCGGUAGCACCAGGGGCGAGUGCUGAGAAAGUCGUUGAGAAUGGGGAGGUUGUCAGCGCGGAGAGACCUCCUAUUGAGACAUUUGUUACGGCUUCUGAUAUCCUGACGGUUUCGAAGCCAGCUUCGUGA